AUGGGCUCUGCAGGUUAUCCGAUGCCAUUAGUAAAGAGUCUUGCAAUUCUUGGUUUUUGUGUUUCUAUAAUUUGCAGUGCAUUUGGGAAGGUGAUCCAUCACCAUAAGUUUGUGGUGGAAUCAUCUCCCUACAGUCGACUAUGUAGCACCAAGGAAAUCUUGACAGUGAAUGGUGAGUUCCCAGGGCCAACUUUGAAAGCUCGUAGAGGGGAUAAAAUGAUUAUAGAGGUCUACAACAAAGCAACAUACAAUAUAACCAUUCACUGGCAUGGAUUGAAACAACAGAGGAAUCCAUGGUCGGAUGGACCUGAAUACAUUACUCAGUGCCCUAUUCAACCAGGUAAGAAAUUUACGUACAGAGUAGAGAUUUCCGUGGAAGGAACAGUGUGGUGGCAUGGACAUAAUGGAUGGGCUAGGGCAACAGUCCAUGGAGCAAUCAUAGUUUAUCCAAUGCUUGGAUCUGAGUAUCCCUUUCCAAAGCCUCAUGCAGAGUUUCCAAUCAUACUUGGAGAGUGGUGGAAGAAAAAUGUGAUGGAAAUCUCGGGAAAAGCAAAUCUAACUGGAGAGGAACCCCUAACUUCAGAUGCAUAUACCAUAAACGGGCAACCAGGCUAUUUCUAUCCAUGCUCCAAGAAAGGAACUUAUAAGAUGAUGGUGGAGCAGGGCAAACAAUAUCUUCUUCGGAUAAUUAAUGCAAUCAUGGAUGAAAAUAUGUUCUUUGCCAUUGCAAAACACAAGUUAACGUUAGUAGGAAAGGAUGGAUUCUACAUGAAGCGAUUUACAACAGAUUACUUGAUGAUCACCCCAGGUCAAUCCAUGGAUGUUCUAUUGGAAGCAAACCAAUCCCCUGGAAACUAUUUUAUUGCAGCUAGAGCAUAUGCUGAUGCUGUAGGAGCUGGCUUUGACAAAACGAUAGUAACAGCUUUUCUACAAUAUCAGGGGUCAUACCAUAGCCCACGGUCUCCAUUGCCAAACCUUCCCCCAUAUAAUAGGACACAAGCAGCAACUCACUUCAGUAAGCAAUUCAGAAGCCUGGCUAACGAAAACCAUCCAGCCAAAGUGCCGCUAGUCGUAGACACUCAUUUGCUAUAUACCAUAUCUGUCAACCUACUUAAUUGCAGCACUGAGAAACCAUGCAAGGGUCCCUUUGGUAAAAGAUUUGCUUCUAGUGUUAACAAUAUAAGCUUUAUAACCCCCAAAAUUGAUAUCCUUCAGGCUUACUAUUAUGGAAUCGAGGGCGUUUUUGAAGAAAAUUUUCCAAGAAAACCACCCAAUAAAUUCAAUUACACUAGUGAUAACCUACCAGAAAACCUGCUGACACCUAGCUUUGGCACCAAGGUAUUGGUUUUGGAAUACAAUUGCAGUGUUGAACUGAUUUUUCAGGGAACAAAUGUUUUGUCAAGUGAUAACCAUCCGGUUCACCUCCAUGGCUAUAGCUUUUAUGUCGUUGGUUGGGGUUUUGGGAAUUUCAACCCCAAGAAGGACCCCUUAAAGUAUAAUCUUGUUAACCCACCAGAGGAGACCACUGUUGGAGUUCCGAAGAAUGGCUGGGUUGCCAUCAGAUUUAGGGCAGACAAUCCAGGAGUUUGGUUGCUACAUUGCCACAAAGAACGUCAUCACACUUGGGGAAUGAGCAUGGUGUUCAUUGUAAAAAAUGGAAAUACUACUGGAAGUCAAAUAGUCCCACCUCCUCAUGAUUUGCCAACCUGUUGAGGGCAACAGAUCAA